AUGGGUCUCGCCAGUUUCUUCACCUUUAUGAGGAUGCAAAAGGUGCAGGGCCUUCUUGCGAUGAUCUGCCUCGUCACACUUCCAUUCGUGAUCCCUAUAUCGUCGAUUCUGUCGCUGAGCAGACAUACACUUCAUAAACAGACCGUUCAGUGUGGUGUGAAUGCACCACCGGGGCAAGCACUGUGUCCUCAAGGGAUGUGCUGCUCUCGCUAUGGAUACUGCGGAACAGGAAGCGACUACUGCGGUCUUGGAUGCCAGAGUAACUGCAAACUAGCCCUACCAAAAAUCAUCCCCAAAUGCCCCGGCUCUAUGAACCGAUCCAUCGCCUACUACGAAAGCUGGGCUAGCCACCGUGCCUGCAACAAAUACGAAGCCAGCGACAUCGACCCGACCCCAUACACACACAUCAACUUUGCAUUCGCCCUAAUCGACGAACAAGGAAAGAUCAUGCUCUCCAUGCCCAAUGACACGGUUCUGUUCGACCAGCUCAAAGGGGUACGCACAAAGGCGAUUGGAGACCUUCAUCUUUGGAUUGCCGUUGGUGGAUACGCAGUUGGAUCCGCGCCAUUUUCGAAGCUGGCUGCGACGCAACAAGGGCGCCGCAAUUUCAUCGACUCGGCGUGCCAGUUUAUGGACAAGUAUGGGUUUGAAGGGAUGGAUUUGGACUGGGAAUACCCCACUGCCGCGGAAACUGGCGGAUCACCAGCUGAUACUGCGAAUAUGGUCUCUUUGGCAAAGGAGUAUCGUGCCCAGUGCAAGGAUAAAGGGCUCAGCGUGACUAUUCCGGGUGGAACCUUCUAUAUGAAAGGCUUCGAUUUCAAAGGCCUCGAGCCACAUGUCGACUGGCUCAACAUCAUGACCUAUGAUCUACACGGCAGCUGGGAACAGCCCGUCAUAGCCGAACCUCACACAAACCUGUCCGAUAUCCAGCAAUCGCUGAAAAGGGUGUUGGAUGCAGGCGUGAAUCCACAAAAAGUUGUCCUCGGACUUGCCGACUAUGGCAAGACGUAUACACUGGCCAGCGGCGCCUGCACUAAACCUGGGUGUGCCGCUUUGGGAGCUGGGAAGCCAGGGCCAUGCUCGAAUGAAGCUGGCAGUCUACAUGAUGCUGAGAUUGAUACGAUUCUGCAGAAGAAUUCGAGUAUCAAGCCCGUGCUGGACAAGCAGGCUGCGGUGAAGUAUUUUGCAUGGGAUACCACGCAGUGGGUUUCAUACGACGAUAACGAGACAUGGAUGCUCAAGAAACAUGAAAUAGUGACACGUCGACCCAAUGGGAACGUGACCUGGAGCUUUGGAGGGGCAGUUCCUGAGCUGAGUCGGACCUUUUCUACUCCGCAUCUUCAUCCCUCGCGCGUUUCUUUGCAGUUCGCUAGAGCCUCAAUAAUAUUAUCUCUUCAAGCGCAUACAACGUGUACAAAGAUAAUGACAUACUCAGAAAAUGUCGAUGAACUACGCGCUCUAGUGCAAUCGCAUCCGCUCAUCGACAAUCACGCCCACAACAUUCUCAGCGCCGAGCAUGCGCUCAACUACAACAAAUAUCCUCUAGAAUCCAUCACCUCUGAGGCUCAUGGCGAGGCACUGAAACAAGCACGGCACACAAUACCCCAUCACAUUGCAGUCAAACAGCUCGCCACGCUGUUUGCCUGUGAGCCCACCUGGGAAGCUAUCAAGGCUGCUCGAGACCAGUGGGUGAAGAACGACUAUGAGGGAUUCGUGCGCAAAUGCCUAGAAGGUACAGACACUCUACUGCUUGAUGAUUUGUUGGCAGAUGUCGAUAUCCAGCCAUACCAAUGGCAUGACCGCUUCACGACAUCCAAGACGAAGCGAAUCGUCCGUAUUGAGACUGUUGCGGCUCAGAUACUAGAGGAUCCUUGGAACGAAGAGGAAGGCGAGGACAUGCUAAAUACCUUUACGGUCAAAUUCGUAGGCCGUAUUCGUGACUACUUGAGAGAUGAUGCCGUUGCUGGUUUUAAGUCUGUCAUUUGUUACAGAACUGGAUUAGACAUCUUCUUACCACCAACCGACAAAGUCGCGUUUGGCCUUUUCAUCCAAGACCAGACUCAUGUGGACAGGGUUGAGGAAUCCAUCCUACGUACUUAUAGAAAAGGAGCGCCAUACCGGAUCUCGGAAAAACCACUCAAUGACUAUAUAAUAUUCCUAACACUGUCUAUCAUCCAAGAGGCACAGAGAAAGGAAACAAAAUCAAAGGCGAUCCAAUUCCACACCGGACUCGGUGAUUCUGACUUGGACUUGCGACUUGCCAAUCCCGCGCACUUGCAAUCGGUUAUUUCUCGUUACCCAGGAGUCGAUUUUGUUUUGCUGCAUUCUUCAUAUCCAUACACUAGAGAAGCUGGAUACCUUGCUUCAGUCUAUCCAAAUGUAUAUCUUGACCUCGGUGAGGUGUUCCCUAUGGUUAGCAGUGAUGCGGAGGAGAACAUCGUACGACAGGCCUUUGAUUUGACUCCAAUUAGCCGUCUACUCUGGAGCACCGAUGGCCAUUUCCAUCCCGAAACGUUUUGGUUGUCGAAUCUACAAUUUAGGAAAACUUUGGAGACGGUGCUAGUCGACUAUGUAUCCCAGGGUAGUCUCACUCUUGCUCAAGCCAAACAGGCAGCUAUAGACAUUUUAUUCGACAAUUCGAACAAACUUUACAAUCUCAACUUGCCCCGCCCCGAGAUUAAUACUUCAAUAUCACCAAGUAACGCAAUCACAAAACCUGCACCCACCGGCUUUUUCGACCUGAAUGAGCUGGCUACCCAGGACCCAAAUCUCAUUGUUUGGAUGCAAUGGGUAGAUUAUACAGCCACAAUUCGUGUACGAAUGUUCCCACUGCGCGAGUUUAUCAAGAUCGUCCAAGGCCAACGGCGUAUCGGGAUCACUUUGGCAGCCCUGCACUUACUGCAGGACGAUCACCUUGCUCCCGGCGGAUCGGCUACAGGGCAAUUUUACAUGAGGCCAGAUAUGUCGACAUUCAGCCGAAACGCUGCACUCAAUUCCAACAGUGCCACUGUCAUGACCUUUUGGGAAGACGAAAAUGGCGUGGCUCUGGAGGGUUGCCCGCGGACCACACUACAACGAGUCGUCAAGGCAUUAGAACCCAUCCAAGUAACGCUCGGAUUCGAGAUUGAAGUCGUAUUUAUCCGCCAGUCUGAUAACGGUAACUGGGGCCCAUUGACCAAAACCCAUUCGUGGUCCAACAUGACAGCCGACAUCCGCAAAAACGCGCUCUCUCUCGUCGAGGAAAUCGUCUCGACCCUGGCCAGUAUUGACAUCUAUCUCGAGCAAUUCCACGCCGAAUCUGCGCCCGGACAAUUCGAAUUCAUCCUCCCUCCAAACUCCCCGCUCGCUGCAGUCGACACUCUUCUCAAAGCACGCGCAACUGUGCAACAUGUUGCCGAAAAACACGGUCUCCGCGCCACCCUCUAUCCACGGCCAUAUAAUUUUGCCGCGGGGACUGCAUCACACGCCCACUUUUCAAUCUCCCCAGCAAGUUACCAAGACUCCUUCCUCGCGGGUAUCCUUGCGCAUUUCUCGUCUGUGGCUGCUUUCUCGCUAUCUCAAGAGGUCAGCUAUGCCCGCGUUACCUCUGGCGUCUGGGCCGGUAGCGAAUGGGUCACAUGGGGCACCCAGAACCGCGAAGCGCCCAUCCGCAAAAUCUCCCCUGGGCACUGGGAAUUCAAGUCCAUUGACGGCCUGGCAAACAUGUAUCUUGCCAUGAGUGCGCUUCUCGGCGCGGGUUAUAUUGGGUUGAAUAGGAGCAUGCCGCUGUUGCAUGGGGAUUGUCCCACGGACGCGGCAACGUUAUCUGCCAAAGAUCGUGAGGACCUGGGGAUUGUGGAGCAGAUUCCAAAGACCCUUGAACAGAGCCUGUCGGCAUUAGAGUCUGAUGGAGAUAUACAGGAGAUCAUGGGACCGGCGUUUGUCAAGAAGUACUGUGCAGUUAAGAGAGCCGAGACACAGAGUUUGGCGGCGCUGGAGGAGGGGAAAAGGAGGGAGUGGUUGAUGUCGAGGUAUUGA